AUGGAUCCCCAGGUGACCCAGCUGCACAUCGCCAUCCACGAGCGGCUGCAGCGCCAACGUGCUGCACAGCGUGGCCGCCGCACCAUUGCUGGCGUCUCCGUUCCGUGGCCAAAGCGCUGGGCCGGCAGUCUCCAGUGGCGCCAAAACCAGGCCGCGCGCCAACAGCUAUGGGAGAGUUCAUUUGACGGUACCACCGGAACACUUGGCGCCACCGGCGGCUUAGCCAGUGGCCUGACCACAAGCAUCACACAGCAGCUGUGCCCAGACCUCUCCGCAACCCACCAAAUCUCCCUCACGGCCAACAUUGGCGGCAACGUCGGCGGAACGACGGCACCGGCCGCUGUAGUGCCCGCUGUACCGCCGGCUGCGUCCACAGCAGCCAACAAAAACGCAAAGGCGAACAAACUUCUGGGAGACGCCACCGACAUCCCGCAGCGGUGGAAGUGGUUCCUCAGCCCGCGCGAGACGAUAUUGGAAUGGGCCAUGGCCAAAGCCCGCAGCGAGAAGCGGAUGGAGCGGAAGCGGACGAAGAAAGACAAGGCAGCUCAGCGCAAGGCCCUCAAAGCGCUCAAGGAACAGGAGGCCAAGGUUGCUCAGAAAUCGGUGUCUGUGGACGUGUACGGCCCCGGGGUAGCCACGGGCGAAGAAGUGCCACUUGAUGGCGAUGAUGCGGUCCGCACUGCCGAACAGCAGCUCGAGGCGCAGGCUCGCGCGAGAGCAGCGGCGACACUGGGGCCGAGACCGCCUGGCACAGAAGCAGAGCUGGCCGUCGAGGCAGAAGCAUUUGCCGCGGCGGCAGUGGCUCCUCGCGUAGUCACCCAGUACGGCCGUGUUUGGGUGCGGCCAAAGAACAUGUACGGUGAAGAAGGAUCGGUGGCCGCGACGGGCGACGGUGCGGCCUCCAAUGUUGACAAUGACAACAUUGACGAUGCCAGCAGCUACUACGAAAACGGCCUAGGCGUGGCUGCCUCGCCGCCUCCCUGCUGUGCUUGCGGGGUGUCGGCACCGCCCAACUCGGUGGUUGAUUCUGGAUACGGCCACAUGGAGGCACCUGUGAUUUUCGACGAGGAGGACGAGGAGGACUGGCCGUCGUCUCUCAUCCAACUCGUCUCCCUCUCCCUGACCUCAGGGACUGGGUUGCCGCCCCAUGCUACGGAGUCAGGUUCUCAGGCCGCAACCGCCACCGUUCGAUGCUCGUGCCGAUCCGGCCCACCUACUACGGGUGCCAUUUCUGAGGUUGACGGCGCCACAGAGGUUCCUGCUUUAUACCGACGUCGUUCAUGGGCACGUUAUGAGAGCAGCUUUGAUGACGGUCGGAGCUUUGUCACCUGUCUCAGCCGGCUGUAG